GAUCCUCCCUUUGGAAGGCGGGGCCGAGGCUCUUUCCCAUUGGUCCGAGAGCCGUUCCAAUGCGCCACGCAGCCCGGCUCCACCUGUGCACAGCGGCAUGGCAGCUUCAGCAGGCGGUAGCGCCGCGGCCGAGAGAGGCGAUGGUGAGUGUAUUUUGGAGCCUCUGUGUUUGCCAGAAAGUCCAGGUGGUGUUGCUGCUGUGGAAGAGUCUCCAUCUGUGCCUUGUAUUUUCUGUGAGGAAAAUUCUCUGCUAGCAGAACAAGACCAACUUCUGAAGCACAUGAUAAUUGAACACAAGCUUGUCAUAGCAGAUGUCAAGCUGGUUGCAGAUUUCAGAAGAUAUGUUUUAUAUUGGAAGAAGAGAUUCACGGAGCAGCGCAUCACUGAUUUCUGUAGUGUAAUAAGAACAAAUUCAGAAGCUCCACUAGAGGAACAGGACAAUUAUUUUCUUUUAUGUGAUGUUUUACCAGAAGACAGAUUACUAAGAGAACAGCUCCAGCAAAAGAGACUGAGAGAAAUCCUGGCUCAACAACAGCGUGAAAGAGAUGAUAUAAAUUUUCAUAACAUAUGUAUGUUUUGUGAUAAAGAAUUCACAGGAAACAGGUCCGUUCUUUUCAAUCACAUGGCAAGAGAUCAUGCUUUUAAUGUUGGGCUGCCUGAUAACAUUGUAAAUUGUAAUGAAUUUUUGGAUGUAUUACAGAAGAAACUUGACAAUUUGCAGUGUUUAUACUGUGAGAGAACCUUCAGAGACAAAAACACACUUAAAGAUCACAUGAGAAAAAAGCAGCAUCGCAGAAUCAAUGCCAAAAAUAGAGAAUAUGACAGAUUUUAUAUCAUUAAUUACUUGGAAUUUGGAAAGUCCUGGGAGGAAGUACAAUCAGAAGAUGAUCGAGAAUUGCUAGAUAACCUAGAAGAAGACUGGUCUGAUUGGGAAGAGCAUCCUGUCUCUGCAGUUUGCCUCUUCUGUGAAAAGCAAGCAGAAACUACAGAAAAAUUGUGUCUUCACAUGAAAGAAGCACAUGGAUUUGACCUUCUUAAAAUCAAGGCAGAGCAUGGUUUGAAGUUUUAUCAGCAAGUGAAAUUAGUGAAUUUCAUCAGAAGGGAAAUCCACCAGUGUCGAUGUUACAACUGCAUGGAGAAGUUUCAAUCUAAGACUGAAUUAAUAAGUCACAUGGAAGUGACAGAACACAUUACAUUCCUGCCACCCAGGUCUACAUGGGAUCAACCACAGUAUUAUUUUCCUACCUAUGAAAAUGACACACUCCUAUGUACGUUGUCAGACAGUGAAGAUGAACUGACAGCCAAGGAUCAAAGCGAAGGUAUCCCUGUCAUUAGUGAAGAUAUUUGCGACCUAGAGGCUUUGAGACAAAACAGUAUUUUAAACCAACUCCUCCAUGAAGAGAACAAUUAACGGAAGCCUAACCAUUGAGACAUUUACUAAUCUCCAUGUGUUCUACCUGCAAGAUUAAAAGUAAAAAUGUGAUCUAACCUACAUCCUAGUGUGAUUUAGCCCAUGCUUGCUAUAAACACACUGAUUGUAAAUGAAUGGGAAUACCAAAUAAAGAAAAUAGGCAGUAAAAGCUGUAUAUAAACUUG